AUGACACACCAGUACCGCCAGUCCUGGACAGUGGCAAAGAAACUCGAUCUGGUGAAAGAGCUGAAUUCCACUGAUUUUGAAAUAGUUGCCCCUGAAAGAAGCUCUCCAAUAAAUUCAGUGGUGGAAAUGGUAGUGCCACCUCUUGUGGGGCAAGUGGCAGCGUCAGAUAUGAUGCGGCUUUUGGAAAUCCUGAACAGGGAUGAUAUUAGAAGGGUUGCUGUCUGUGGAGAGGGUGGCAUAGGGAAAACGACUUUGGCCAUGAACUUGAACAAUACGCUGCGCAUCAACUCUCCAAAUUCUUUUGAUAUUGUCAUCUGGGUUCAAGGUUCCAGAUCAUUGGAUUUGAGCACAAUUCAAUCUCAGAUUGCCAAGAGAAUUCAUCUAAAAGUGGAAGCAGGUGACACAACUCACAGUAUAGCUAGCGGAAUUCUUGAAAGACUGAAGCUGAGAACGAAGAUCCUCCUGAUUCUUGAUGAUGUAUGGGAAAAUAUAGAUCUUGAUGCUGUAGGUAUUCCAUCAAGGGAUCCAUGCUGCACGGUCCUUAUAACCACACGAUCUCUUGAUGUAUGCAAGCACAUGGCCGUUAAUCUUUCUUUUCGGCUAGAUCUUAUGAAUGAAGAAGAUGCUUGGAAACUUUUUGUUGAGAGUGUUGGACCUGUGGUACAUUCAGAUGGGAUAGAAUCUCUAGCAAGAAAAAUGGCUGCAAGUUGCCAUGGGCUGCCAUUGGCCAUCAAGACUCUUGGAAACUCUAUGAGGGGAGUAUCACUAAUAGAGUUGUGGCAAAAUGCACAUCGUACUUGGCGGUGCUCAUCACGUUUGUUCAGUUACAUCGAGCAAGAAGUCUUUCAACAUCUGGCACUGAGUUAUUAUUCCUUACCAAGUAAGGAUCUAAAGCAAUGCUUUCUUUAUUGUUCGUUAUACCCAGAAAGCUUUUCAAUAAAUGUUGGAGAACUUAUCCAAUGUUGGGUGUCUGAUGGUUUAAUCAUUGAAAACCUAACUGUAGAGGAAACUUUUAAGUAUGGGCUUGCUUUAAUUAAAAGUUUGGAGUACUUGGGACUAUAUCUAGAUGCAGCAGAAGGAACUGUGAAAAUGCAUGUUAUUUUUCGUGAGCUAGCCAUUCGUCUGUCUCAGAGAGAAAAAUUAUUGGGAUUUCAUUCACAAUCCAACCCUCCAUCCUAUAAGAUACCAAAUAAGUCAUCUAAAAGAGUUUCUUUCAUGUGCUGCAAGAUCAAAAACUUGCAAACUUUUCCUGAAUUUUCUCAGCUAACUGUCCUGUUUCUCCAAGAUAAUCCUAUAAAGAAAAUCCCAGAUGAGUUCUUUCACAAACAUAAGUACAUAAGAGUUCUAAAUUUAAGCAAAACUCAAAUUACGUUUUUGCCCCCAUCUUUUCGUUGCCUGAGUGAGUUGCGUUCUCUCUUUUUGAGAGACUGUCCUAUAGAAGAGCUACCUCCUCUUGUAUCUCUUGGUAAACUUGUAGUUCUAGACCUUUCUGGAACACGAAUAAAGGCUCUUCCUGAAUGGUUAGGAAGUCUGAAGAGUUUAAAAGAAUUAGAUCUGUCAUGCACACACUUUUUAGCGAGAAUAAGAACAGGAAGCAUAUCAGGAUUGUUAAGUCUUGAGACUCUUAAUAUGUCUUGUAGUGCUUUUAAUUGGAAUCUCCGUGCAGCAGAUCAAGGAACAACGUUGGAUGAGUUAUUACGAUUGGACCAGCUAUCAUCUCUUCACAUAAGGCUGGACUCGGUCGAGUUUCUUAAGUUUGCUUCUUCUUGGCUUAAAAAAUUAACAAGAUUUGAUAUCCAGAUUAGUCUAGGGAGCCAUGACUCACACCAUCAUGUCGCCAAACACAACGAAAAACGGUUGGUUCUUAGAGGAGUUAAUUUCCUGCAAGAAGAUCUUAAUGAUUUGUUACACAAGACAGGUUCGCUUGAUAUGUUAGCAUGUGUAGGCAUGAGCCAAAGACAUUGGCUUAGCCUAUCAUCCUUAACAUCACUAAAUUUGUCGCAUUGUGAUGUUGUAACACAUUUAAUAAGCAAUAAAAGAAGUUCCCCGGGAAUGUUUCUAAAUCUACAGCACUUGGUUCUUGAUCAUUUGCAAAAGUUAGAGAUAAUUGUUGAGGGAACAAUCCCUAGAGGAAAAUGCUUCAGAAAUCUGAAGACGAUUCAAGUAUCAGAUUGUCCGAUGUUAAAAGGAGUGGUAUCUCAUGCAAUGCUUUGUCAUGUUAAAAAUCUCGAAGAAAUUAAGGCAAGUGGUUGUGAAAACAUGUCAUGUAUCAUUGAUUCAGGUGACCAUGAAGAAACUCUUCCUAGUUUGAGAGUCUUAGAGAUACACAACAUGGCCAAUUUGAGGUCAAUCUGUGUUGGUACAUCAGUUUGUCCAGCAUUGCAGCGGAUUGAAGUUUCUUGUUGUCCUGAGUUGCAGGAACUUCCUCUGUCCAUCUCUAAUAUAAGCAGUUUGAAAGAGAUUAGAGGUGAGAUCAAGUGGUGGGACAAUUUAAGAUGGGAGAAUGAUGAUGCUAAGAACAUGUUUCUGCAAUACUUUCAAGCAAACCCAAGGGAGAACUGCUCAAGAAAGAGAAAAUACGAGUAA